CCAUUGCAUUAAGAUGUACGCGUCAGUUGUACGACUGCUCUCCCUGGCCAUAUGCAUAGCCAACACUAGACAGCUCUCGCUGCCCACGGAUAAAAGUUAUUUUGCUGGAGUUGUCGAGUAUCCGGUCGAGUCUGGCACCGCCAAGGAGAGGGUUACACAGGCAACGGCUGGCUUCUUGGCAUUGCUCGAGUCGAACGAUACCGCGGAGCUAGAUAUUCUUGUCUUUCCCGAAUAUGUAUUGAAUAAUAGGGAUUAUGCGACAUUCGUGCCAGAUCCGGAUAAGAAGAUAACGCCGUGCUUUUCGCCCGACUACGAGCUGUUCCUGGUCGAAAUAUCCUGUGCGACACGCGCCCGCAACAUCUACGUCGUCAUCAACGUGGUGGAGAAGGAGCUGUGCGGCAAGGAUUACGGCUCGGAUGCGUUGAAUCCGUGUCCCUCCUCUGGGAUUCGGCAAUUCAAUACGAACAUCGUCCUGGAUCGGCGCGGCCGCGUCAUAUCGCGCUACAGGAAAACCCAUUUGUGGCGACGCGAAUACUACUCGUCGGCUGUGCUGCGCCAGCCUGACUUAUCCACGUUCGAGACAGAUUUUGGCGUGACUUUCGGUCAUUUCAUUUGCUUUGACAUGCUGUUCUAUGAUCCGGCCAUGAAGCUGAUAUUGGAGCGGAAUAUUACGGACAUUAUCUAUCCGACAUUUUGGUUCUCGGAGCUGCCAUUUCUGGGCGCACUGCAGCUGCAGGAGGGCUGGGCCUUUGCCAACAACGUGAAUCUCCUGGCCGCCGAUGGCAGCCAGCCCAGCGGACGGACAAGUGGCUCCGGCAUCUAUGCCGGACGCUCGGGCCGCCAAAUCGCUGCCAUCUAUCAGCAGCCAACGCUGAAGUUGCUCAAGGCGCGUCUGCCCAAGCGCUCGCUAGGCGGCGCCGUUGAGCCGGAAGCGUUGCCCGCGUUUCAGCCACAAUUGAUCACAGCUCGACACACCGAGCUGGCCACCUAUAGGGACUACAAUUUGGAUAUCUUUAGCACGCAGCUGCUGCCGUCGGACUUUGUCAAUGUGACGCAGCAGAUAUGCCAUGGCGGCUUCUGUUGCAGCUUCCAGCUGGAGCGCCGUCCCAUCGAAAGCGCCGUGGCAUAUGCCACCUAUCGCUAUCGCCUGGGCGCCUAUUUUGGCAAUGAGACGACCUUCAUCCUGGUGGAUCGCAGCGAACAGGCGGUCUGUGCGCUCUUCGCCUGCGUGGACGACGAACUCUCCAGCUGUGGACGCAUCUUUCCCAGCCGCUUCGAUGUGGCCAAUCGCCACUAUUUCCAGCGCAUACGCAUCGAGGCUCUAUUUCCAGCUGCUCGGCGUCGCCUGAUCAUGCCCAGCACAUUGGAUGGGUCGAUGAUGCCGCUGCCUGUGACGCAGUUCAACUGGACCGAAACGCCGUUGGCUCGUCUGCUGUCCGAGACACAGGUGCUGUUGGAGCUAGUGCAGCCGAAGAAUGACCUCUUGACCUUUGGCAUCUGGGCCAACUACUUUAGCCAGUUGCCCACCACGCACAAUCUGGACCAUCUACAGCCGAUUGUGACGAAUGCUCGCGGCUCAGCUGUUGCCGUUGCGUCCCUCUCAUGCCUGGGUCUCCUACUCUUGCCGCUUCUAAUCCUGCUACACUGAGCGAAUAUUGAAUCUACCAAAAAUAGCAAGAUUUUUUGAUUUUUUGAUAUUUUUUUUUGCAAUGUUUCAUAAGAGUUUUGCUCAGCUUAAGAUAAGAUCACUUGCGGAUAAGAUAAGUCUUUAUACAUAAUAAAUUCCAAUUUGCAAACACAGCUAGGGAGAAAGAUAA